AUGCCGAGCAUGUCCACGUCGCAUAUAUACACAACACCCGCUGCUCUUGAAUAUUUGCAACAUGGGUUCCCCUCUGUGUUCGUGAUUCCUCCCGAAUCUUAUUCCUCGCGUCCCCUCCAAAUCCGAUCUCCUCGUGACUUUAAGCCACGGGGUCUCAAUAUCAGCACAGAAACCUCUUCUCGGCUCUUUGGGCUAUCGGGAAAAACGCGUCAACUCCGAGAUAACGGUGAAUCAUCUCACCGGGUUGACGCUCUCGUUAAUAUUUCCUUAUCUCAAGAUCAACCCGUCAUUUGUAGCGGAAAGGAGAAGACAAGUCAAUUAAAUGGCUUUCUUCAACCUUCUUGCCAAUAUGAUGCUUAUGACGAACGUGCACUUGAAUGUCAACAGGGAACAAAUGCUUCAAAUGUUGCUUACCUCGAAAUCCCUCAUCCGUUCAAAGGUGGUAAUUUUAACGCAGAGAGCUGUUCUCGAGUUCUUCAGGAUAUUUACGAUCAAAGAGUUGUUAUUAAUGGCGAACCAUCCCGACAAGUUAGGGUUAAUAAAAAUGACACCUCUUUAUCUUAUCCACAAUCCUGUGCUUACCAAGAACUGGUAGGACAACAAUUUGAGGGGCUCUUCGUCAACCCUCUCGAGAAAGCCCCCUCAGUUAAAGAGGCCAAUGCCAGUCAAAAUAUUUUCAUUCAUCCUGCUCAAGCUAUCAAGCAUCAACCCUGCAAUCCAUCCACUUCGCCAUUGCUGUCUUCUUGGCAAUCCAUUAAUUGUUCGCCGAACAAUUUUUCAAAUGGAAAAUUCAAGUCACCAUCAUUUGAACCUGUAGGAAACAUCCGUGAGUGGGGUCAGGUCACUCGUUGGUUAUACAUUACAAACUUUCCAACUAAUCCGGCACAUUGGCGUCUCAUGAAAACGAUGUUCGAGCUGGCAACGGAUUUGCCUAUGUCAUAUAUUACAGUCUUGGGGAUGCCACGAGAGCCCAAGGUUACCUUCGUAAACAAGAGGCACCCCAUAAUCGACGCAGGAUGGAAGUUCGAUACUCGUCCCGAACCUGUGCCAUUCACGUAUCCAUCCAUUAAAGCACUGGAUGAAUUGAUAAAUGACGGUUACAUUAGAAUCACAUGGAAAGGUUCAAUUCAACAUUGCGAAGAAAUAUAUAAACGUUUCGAAGAAAUGGGUGAAAUUAAAUCGUCUACCAGUGCCCACACCGUAGACGAAUGCUACAUGUAUAUCGAGUAUGACGAUACACGCGCUGCCCGUACCGCGAGAGAAACUUUGAACGGGCAAGUUUUCGAGCAUGUGUUUGACAGAGGGAUCCGUAAGACUACUACGGUUCGGAUCGAAUAUUACGAUUAUGAAUCUCAAACAUGGGAUGCAGUUGCCGACGAUUUUAGGCGUCUCAAUGAAUCGCAAAUAAGAAUCCCUCCUGCGCCGCGUCGAGUCCCUGUCGUUGACAGUCGAUCUUCUGAGCCUGAUUUUAGGUAUUUAGUAGAUUCGAGAGUGGAAAUUCAUCAUAGUCUUAAAGGUCAAAUUGCCGAAGAUUAUGUAAGUCACCAAAGAAAAUAUCCUCCUCCGGUCACUAGUACUGUCCGCUCUUCCGGUAACAGGGCGAUUCCAGAGGGAAAUGUUUUUGAUCUGGAGAAAGUUAAGAAAGGUCUCGACGAGCGUACCACAUUCAUGAUCCGAAAUAUUCCUAACAAGUACACACAGGAAAUGUUCUUGGACUGGCUCAAUAAGACUCACAAGGGAAAAUACGAUUUUGCUUAUUUGCGCAAGUUUGCUGGUGAAGAAAAGCCAUUCUCGAUUCCCGAUUGCGAAGAAUUUGUGAAGGCAGUUAAAAUAAGAGGGGCGACAUGUAAGGAAUCCUCAUAA